AUGUCCGAGCACGGUAGCCCGCCCGCUGAUGUUAAGCCCAAGGCCGACGGUGGUGAGAAUGCUUUGAACAUCAAAAUCCGCGCGACCGAUGGCAGCGAGGUUUUCUUCAAGAUCAAGAAGACUACCAAGCUGAAUAAGCUGAAGGUUCAUACCACUAUAAUGUCUGAUGUGCUGAUGAGUCAGAAUGCUUACGCUGAUCGUGUUGGCCAGGACCCUGGUGCCAUUCGUUUGCUCUUCGACGGCGAGCGUAUUGCCGACCACCAGACAGCUGAAGACCUCGAGCUUGAGGACGGCGACGUGAUCGAGGUUCUGCUGGAGCAGAUUGGCGGCUCGCUUUAA